AUGGAGAACCCACCGGUGGAGACACUCCCUACGGAGAGCUCGCCAUUGAUAAACGGCACCGCACGCCCGCGCUCUGACCGUGCCCGCUAUGUGCGGCUUGCUGUGCGCGCGGGGCUUAUCCUGCUGUUCGUGAUUGCGCUGUUCCUCAUGCUCUUCCUGGUGGAGGGUGUGCAUGAGGGUGGUGAGCGCGGCGGACGUGGCAGAUGGACAGACCGCCUACCCAAGGACCCGCGUAAGGCCGCCGAGAUCUUGCUCGAUCGUGCACCCGUUAUCGAUGGGCAUGUCGACCUACCGUGGCUUGUUCGCUAUACGGACGCGAACAACGUCUCGUCAAUUGACCUCUCUAAGACCAUGCCCGGCCAUGUUGACAUCCCUCGCCUACGCAAAGGCAAAGUAGGAGCCUUCUUCUGGUCUGUGUAUGUUCCGUGCCCUGCGGACGAGGGUCUAGAAGAUGGCGAUGACUUCACUACGGCUACCUGGCGCGUCCGGGAUACCCUUGAACAGAUUGAUAUCUCACACCUGCUCAUCGAGAAGUUCUCUGACACGUUCUCAUUGGCCCGCACGGCCGCUGACAUCAAGUCCGCCAUCUCAACUGGCAAGAUUGCUGGCAUCAUCGGCCUUGAAGGCGGUCACCACCUCGGUAACUCCAUUUCGACUCUUCGGACGUACUAUCAGCUCGGCGCUCGUUACCUCACUCUCACGCAUACUUGCAACAAUCCGUUCGCAACAAGCUCGGGCAUGGUACCACAUCUGACACCAGAGUCCAUCGUAGAGUCGCAGGGCCUUAGCCCUCUCGGACUUGCGCUCGUGCGCGAGAUGAACCGCAUCGGUAUGCUGGUGGACCUCUCGCAUGUAUCGGACGCAACCGCUCUCGACGCGCUCAAUGCUACCCGCGCACCCGUCAUCUGGUCGCACUCGUCUUCCCGCUCCUUACGCAAUAUCCCUCGCAAUGUGCCCGAUGAAGUCAUCCAGCACGUUGGAUUUGGCGCUGGCAAGGUUGAUGCUGUCGUCAUGGUCAACUUCGCGCCCAGCUUCAUCUCCGACAACGCAGACGACGCAGACGUGAAGGGUGUUGCUGACCACGUCGACCACUUCGCGAAAGUUAUUGGUGCUGCGCAUGUUGGAAUUGGCUCGGAUUACGAUGGUAUCCCCUCGACCCCGCACGGACUCGAAGAUGUCAGCAAGUACCCUGCGCUCAUUGCGGAGUUGCUCUCCCGCGGCUGGAGCGCGCGCGACCUUGCUGGGUUGACGGGCGGAAACUUGUUACGCGUGCUGGAAGGCGCUGAGCGCGUUGCGGCUCAGAUGCAGCGCGAGGGUGUGCCGCCAGCGAGCGAGAUCUACGACAAGCGUCCGGACUUGCCUAUGCAUGGCGGCGAACUAUAA